UAUAUUUAUAUACAUUUUGUUUCAGAGAAGAAUGACCGAAGAUUAUCGAACAAGGAAGGAGUUUAAUCCCGUGGAGGAAGGACUACGUGCCGAAUUCAGGUUGACUAACUACACCCAACUGAAAGGAUGAGGAUGUAAAGUCCCUCAGGAAGUUUUAAAAAAACUUCUUGUGGGAUUACAGGUCCCUGCUGUACAACUACAGGAUGGACAGGCUAGAGUCGGGAUUGGAAUGGAUGCUUCGGUGACCCCUAUCCCAGACCAGGCCGGACUGUCCUUGGUUCAAACCACAGACUUCUUCUAUCCUCUAGUAGAUGAUCCUUAUCUUCAGGGUAGAAUUGCUUGUGCUAAUGUACUCAGUGAUCUCUACGCCAUGGGUGUAGUCAGCUGCCACAACAUGCUGAUGCUCCUCGCCGUCAGCAAGGAGUUCACCGAGAAGGAGCGCGACGUUGUCAUCCCUCUGAUGAUGCGCGGGUUCCAGGAUACGGCGCUUGAGGCCGGCUGCCUGGUGACCGGCGGCCAGACUGUCGUCAACCCUUGGUGUACAGUAGGAGGGGUGGCGAGCACAGUCUGUACCAAGGAUAGGAUUAUACUACCAGAGAACUCUAGUCCUGGAGAAGUUCUAGUUCUAACUAAACCUCUUGGAACUCAGAUUGCAGUUAAUGCUCAUCAAUGGAUCGAUGAUCCCGAACGUUGGAACAAGAUAUCUGGUGUUACCAGUGUUGCUGAGGUGAAGGCUGGAUACAGAGCUGCAACCCUCUCCAUGGCUCGGCUCAACAGGAUCGGAGCCCAGCUCAUGCAUAAGUACGGAGCUACAGCUGCUACUGAUGUCACAGGGUUCGGGAUACUUGGCCACGCUACAAACCUUGCUCAAAACCAGAUAAAAAAUGUUCAUUACAAAAUCCACACCCUGCCUAUCCUGACAAACAUGAGCAAGAUUGCCAAGGCCUGUGGUAAUAUGUUCCAGCUGGUUCAAGGAUACAGUGCUGAGACCAGUGGAGGCCUUCUACUCUCUAUACCUAAGGAUAAAGCGGCGGAGUUCUGCCGUGAAGUUGAGGAGCUUGAAGGAUCUCCUGCUUGGAUUAUUGGAACCGUAGAGGAGGGGGUACACGGAGCUAGCAUAGUUCAAGAUCCAACUGUUCUGGAUGUGUAGAUGAGGAGGUACAUGAAGCAAGCAUAGUUCAAGAUCCAACUAUUCUAGAUGUGUAGAGGAGGGGGUACACGCCACACGGAGCUAGCAUAGUUCAAGAUCCAACUAUCAUUGAGGUGUAAACAUCUGGAUCAGUUCCGUUGUACAGUUAUGCAUAGGACAGAGAUUAACCUAGUGAGUACAGUACAGUACAGUACAGGACAGUACACUGUGCAGUAGUUUACACAGUGUUUUUUUGCACGCACAUUUCACUAAACCUUUUCUAAUUACAAUACCUCGUUUGCGACCAAAAACAAUCCAAAAACUGUGAUUUUGUCCUGUAAGUACUGAGAGGACUCAGAGAAGAAGAUUCGUCCUUCAAUGACCUGAGAAACCUAAUCCCAGUCCACGGUGGUUUCUUAGUGAUGAAUCUUGGAUUCGAAUCUUUUUCUUCCUUCAGACAAACCUAAAUACAAUAAACUGUUCAUUUCUACAAUUUUUUUAAUUCAAUGUAUUUGAUUUGUUGUUGCA